AUGACCCAGGAGAUAAUUAACAAGCUCCAAGCCAAUUGGGUCUGGGUUCCCGAUUGGAAUGACCAUUCUAGCAGGAACACAGUUGCGCGGAUCGUCACAUUCCGGCGCUUCGUCCGACUUACCUCGCUCCCUACCAAAGCUCUCCUACACUUCACUGCCGACACGCGAUACAAGCUGAAUAUAAAUGGCACCCGUGCCGCUAUCGGGCCGGCAAGGAGUAGCCACUCGAUAUGGUACUAUGACUCUCUUGACAUUGCCCCCUUGCUCAGGGUAGGGGAUAAUGAAAUUUGCUUCAUCGUCAUACGUUAUUUUGCAGCGUCCCGUGGCGGUAUGCCAUUCGAGAGAACUGCCUAUCCGGGAAUAACUGUUAUAUCAGAUCCUUUCGCCGCAGAUGAUCAGUCCUUUAACUUCGAUUCGCUGGAGGGGUGGCAGGCUGAGAUCGAUGAUACCAUUCUAUUUCCAAAGGGUUUGUUGGAAGAUGGCUUCCUCCAUAUCAGUGAGCGCGUCAACCCAGCCCAACCAGCCAAGUCUGUCUCACCGGUUCCAUACAACUUCAACACUCUGAACGGGGAACUCCCUCCUUGGCGCCUUCGUCCACGUUGCAUCCCGCUUCCAGAACAGACGAGGGUGACCAUCGGUAGCACUCGCAACUGCGAAGGUGAUGUUCCGUCAGGACAAUGGUUAAAAAUGUUAUCAGGGGAUUCGACCCUUACUCUUUCCCAGAAUUCGUCCUACAAUUUGGAUAUUCUCGCCGACGUCCACUCAACGGCAUUUCCCCGUUGGUCAUUUACGGCCGCUAGGACUUGCCAGAUCAGACUCAAAAUUACAUACUCUGAAGGUUAUGAGUAUGAGUCUCCGUCAUAUCCUUUCUUUCGUCACAAGGGCGAUCGUCUGGACUCUAUUAAUGGCCAUAUCGUUGGCCCACACGACGAUGUUCUGCUGAACAUUCCGGCGAAUGAGACCGUGGUGUAUGAACCAUUCUGGUUCAGGACCUUCCGCGUCAUGCGAUGGGAAAUUGAAACCAGAGAUGAAUCAGUCGACCUUAUCUCCUUCGCAGCCUCCCAAGUGAACUACCCCCUUGCUGUCAAAGCCAGUUGGUAUAAUGCCGAUGACGACGACAGCAAAGGUAUGUGGGAUGUUUCCAUCAGGACGCUGAGGAACUGCAUGUUCGACGGAUACUCGGACUGUCCUUUUUACGAACAACUGCAGUACUCUGGGGACUCUCGCUCGGUUGGCUUGUUCCACUAUCUUCUCUCGGGCGAUGAUCGACUCAUGAGACAGUGUAUCAGCAAUUUUGCUUCCUCAGUUACUCCAGAGGGACUGACUCAGUCCCGGUUCCCUUCGCAUGUUCCACAGCUCAUUGCCGGGUUCCCGCUCUACUGGAUUCUACAGGUCUGCGACCACCACCUAUUCUUUGGCGACACGGCGUAUGCCCGAUCCUUUGUGCCUAAGAUUGACGGGGUACUCGACUUCUUUGAUCGCCAUAUCGACUCCCUAGGCCUUGUCAGCGGUCUACCGGAGGAUGUGUGGCAGUAUGUCGACUGGGUCACCACCUGGGGCGCAACGAGAGAACAUCCUGAUAAGGGUGUCCCAACAUCGGGUAGAAAAUCGAACCGUCACACCUUUUUCAGCAUGCUUUACGCCUUCGUCCUAAAGCAGGCGGCUCGAUUGGUAAGGGAUGUGGGCCGGCCUGGGCAUGCCGAGGAGUAUAUUUCAAGAGCUGCAUCCGUCGUUGCUGCAAUCCAAAAGCACUGCUUCGAUGGAGAGUUUUUCACCGAUUCUACAGCCGAUAUUGCUGAUUCUUCGGCGUACUCGCAACACUGCCAGGUAUUCGGCGUGCUCUGUGAUGCCGUAGCCCCUGGUGAGAGCGCGCGCCUUAUUACUUCAGCCUUCGAGGAUCCAGGCUUCUCUAAAUGCUCCUACGUCAUGAAAUUCUACGCUCUGAGAGCGUUUGCCCUUGCUGGAGACGGAGUAUACGAGUCGGCAUGGACACGAACGUGGGAGCCUUGGCGCAGAAUGUUGAAUGAGUACAACCUUACAUCGUGGGAGGAGGACGACGUACGCCAGCGCUCGGAUUGCCACGCGUGGGGAAGCGUGCCGAUCUACGAAUACUGCGUGGAGCUGGCUGGCUUGCACAUUCUAGAGCCAGGUGCGCGGAAGGUUUUGUUCAAGCCACGUCUCAAGCUGAGUCGACAGAUUUCUGCUGUGGUAGCACUUGGAUCGGACAACACGGCAGAGGUCGAAUGGCACACGACUUCAGACGGGAGCAAGAACGUGAACUUGAUAUUUAAAAGCAAAGUACACCUGAUAAGUCAGUUGCCUGGUCAGGAUAAAAGGGACCAUGGCUCGGUCUGCCGCAUUACAUUACUCUAUAGCUUUGUAGAGUAG